AUGCAUGAGCGCCGCGAAGUCGCGCACGAAUUCCCAACUGAUGGCCUCGGUCGCGCCGUCGUGAACGACGAAGCUGAGCUGGAAGGGGCCCCAGCGGACGACGAGGUCGGGCUGCGGGGGCGGGAGGUUGGGCAUCCAGGAGGUGAUGCAGCGGACGUGGAUGUCGGCGUAGAAGUCGGACAGGAGGGCGGCGGCGGUGGCGGUGGGGAUGAGCAUGGUGAGGUGGGCGGUGCGUUCGAGGUAGAGGCCGUGGAGGGAGAAGGGGGGGCGGCGCUUUUGGAGGGCUGGGUCGGUGGUGGUGAGGGCGGAGGUGGUGGAGAUUGGGGUGGCGGUGCAUGGGGUGAGGAGGCUGGAGAGGAGGAGGAUCAGGGUGGUUAG